UCAUAUAUGAUUUCUCUUGCUAAUUAGCCCCACACUUAUCAUCCAGCUGCUUCUACUUUAUCAUCUAUAUUCUCUCUACGCUCCACUUGAGCUCCAUUAAUUUGCAGCUGCAGAUUGCAUCAUCUCUUUAGGUACCAAAAGAGUGUUAGCACAAAAAUGUCAACCGAUGAAGUGAAGAUUGACAUUGCACCAGAAAUCGAGUCAUAUGACAAGAAAGAUGAACUUAUGACAUCUCCUCCUCAAGAACAAGGUGUGACUGAUACAACAAUUGCAUCAGAGAAUAGUUCAUCAGAUGAAAAAUUAGAGAAUGAGACAUCUCCUCCUCAAGACUUGCCUGUGAGAGAUACAACAGCUGUAUCGAAAGAAGGGUCAUCCAACGAAAUAGUUGAGAAUGAGACACUUGUUCUUCAAGAAAACGAUGAUGAUACAAGGUUCAAUGAAGACCGUAAAAAAUUGUAUCAAGCUAUACUCUGGAAGGCGCGGAACCCUUGGGGUAUGAAAACUGUUGGUAUAUCAGAAAAUGAGGACUACCCUAUAGGGGUAUUUCUGUCAGUUUUGAAAGCUGUGUUAAGGGGGUGAAAUCAAAGAAAUAAAUCCUGAUGGGUUUGCAUGUAUCAAGAGGGAAAAAUUUGGACAUUUUUGCUAGGGAAAGCUUAUGUGGCUGGGUUAAACUGAAAUUUAGAGGAAUUGGGGGGCAGAAAUAAAUUU